AUGUCGAAUUCACAAACUAACACCCCUAUGGUUCCUCCGAUCAAUUGCAUAUACAAUUAUCUUCAUCAUCAAACCACUGUAACGUUUUGGCUAUACGAACAGGUUCAAACUCGCAUAAGGGGCAAGAUAAGAGGGUUUGAUGAGUUUAUGAACGUAGUUAUAGAUGAGGCAGUGGAGGUGCCAGUAGAUCCUAAAACAGGGAAAGAGCAUGACGAUAAGGCUGUUCCUCUAGGAAGAAUUAUGUUGAAGGGAGAUAAUAUUACACUGGUUGUAGCAAACUAG